GCCUCCCAUGGUCUAUUAUGGUCAAUUAUGGCCUAUUUGGUGCUUUUACUCUGAAAAGGGAAGUGCAGACGUGAACGCUUCUCAUCAUCAAUAACGGAGAGAGAAAAAAAAAUAUUCGUCAUCUGGAAAGACUUGCAGCUACCACCAACAGCCUGGUAGUGAAUUGUACUCCAGAACCUGUCGGUGGGAUGGGACUCUUUGUGGUCUGUUUGGUGGCAGCAUUAUUCCAUCACAGUCACGGCGUGGAAAUACAACCCUCGCUGUAUGGGUCCAAAAGGGUUCGGGAAAAUGUCUUAAAUCCCAGUGACUGUGUGUCAAGAGUCAAGCCGCCGCAGCUCUUAAACUCUCAAAAUUUCACUGUGGAUCUUCGAAUGCCUGGGGUUUUGCCAACUCAGUCGGACACCUACCUUUGCAUGGCCUUUCCUGUGCCAACUACUCGGGAUUCAUAUAUUGUGGACUUCCUACCUCAUGCCAGUAUGGACACAGUUCACCACAUGCUGCUGUUUGGCUGCCAGACUCCUGUUUCCACCAGCAGCUACUGGGACUGUGGCAGCGUUCAAGGUACUUGUGAAGAUGAAGCCUCCAUUAUGUACGCCUGGGCUCGAAAUGCUCCACCAACAAGAUUACCUAAAGAUGUUGGGUUUAAAGUCGGAAGAAAUUCAGGAAUGUCUUACUUUGUGAUGCAGAUCCAUUAUGGAGAUAUCAGUGCCUUCAGUGACCAUCACAGAGACUGCUCUGGACUCACUUUAAGAAUGACAUUAAAACCGCAGCCAUUCAUUGCGGGGAUAUACCUGCUAAUGUCUGUGGACACCGUAAUCCUUCCUGGAAAAAAAGUUACAAAUGCAGAUGUUGCUUGUGAAUAUGACUCCUAUCCGAUCUACCCGUUUGCCUUCAGGACCCACACCCACCGCCUCGGUAAAGUGGUCAGCGGUUACAGAAUCCGUCAUGGGAAAUGGAGCCUGAUAGGCAGACAGUCCCCUCAGUUACCACAGGCUUUCUAUCCUGCUAACAAGGAGGUGACCGUGCGCUACGGUGACACCAUUGCUGCCAGAUGCGUUUUCACUGGGGAGGGCCGCACCUCCAAAACCUACAUCGGGGGGACUUCUAAUGAUGAAAUGUGCAACUUCUAUAUGAUGUAUUACAUGGACAGCAAACAUGCCGUUCCCUUCAUGAGCUGCAUGGACCCUGGCUCCAAAGACCUCUUCCAAUAUAUUCCAGCAGAAGCGAAUGUUCCCAUCGCCGUCAGUCCGGAUCACAUGCACCCCAUGAUGCCAAUGGGGGUCACUACAGAUGACAAGCGGCUCUUGAAUACCAACAAAGCCGAGCCAGUUCUGGAUCAGGAUUUUCACCUGGAGCAAGUGUCCACAUGGCCCCAGAGUUCCCUGCAGCUGGGACAGGUGUCGGGACUCGCCCUCAACGCCGAUUCCAACCUGGUCAUUUUCCACCGAGGGGACCACCACUGGGGGGCAGAUUCUUUCAACAGCCAGGCUAGAUACCAGCAGAGGUUCCUGGGGCCCAUUCAGCAGUCCACUAUUUUGGUUGUGGACCCGGCCAACGGCAGAAUCCUGAGGGCAUCGGGCCGAAACAUGUUUUACUUGCCUCAUGGGAUAACUACAGACAAGGACAAUAACUACUGGGUGACGGACGUGGCUCUGCAUCAGGUGUUAAAAGUGAGCGGCGACGGCCGAGACAGAACCCUGCUGGUUCUGGGAGAGGCUUUCACGCCGGGCAGCGACACCGACCACUUCUGCCAGCCGACUGAUGUGGCCGUUGACCCUGAAACUGGGAACGUCUUCGUGUCUGACGGCUACUGUAACGCCAGGAUACUCAAGUUUGCUGCGGAUGGCACAUACUUGUCUCAGUGGGGUGCAGGUUCGUCAGACAGGAGGAGGCGCACACCGUUCAGGAUCCCCCACAGCUUGGUGUUCCUUCCCGACAGAAAGGAGGUCUGCGUCGCUGACCGGGAGAACGGCCGCAUCCAGUGCUUCAUAGCAGAAACCGGGGAGUUUGUCAAAGAAAUAAAGAACGAGGAGUUUGGAGGGGAAGUGUUUGCCAUCACCUACAGCCCGGCUGAAGACGGGCUGAUCUUCGCAGUGAACGGAGACUCCCCCUACCACUCAGCUCCACUCAGAGGUUUUGUUCUAGAUUAUUCAACCAAACAAAUUCGGGAUUCCUUCAGCCCCACCCAGAAGGAGUUUAAAAUGCCUCAUGACAUCGUCGUCACUAAGGAUGGAAGUGUUUUUGUCGGGGACGCAGGCAGCAAGUCAGUCUUUAAGUUUUCUGCUGAAAAGUUGCAUCGUUCUGUCAAGAAAGCUGGGAUUGAGGUCCAGGAGCUGGAACCCGACAGAUGAUGAAAUCUGUGUUGGCGUUUAGAGAACAAUUCACACACGAAUGCUCUGUUGCUCUGCAUGUACGGAACAUUCUGGGUCAACUAGAACAUGUCGGAAUGAUGAAGGUAAAAUCAUUUUUAGGGUCAUAACUAAACAGUGUCCCAUGGCGCUGCUGAAGCUGAGGUUCUCAGCCGGAACAAGAAAAGCUUUCCCAGUUUUCCCAGAUCAGACGCGGUUCUCUAAAGACUUUGGUUCCUGUCUUUCUCAUCGGGUCGAAGCAAAUGUGAAAGCUGUCAGAAAACGUUGAACAAGGAACGGCUGGCGGUACCAACGUUCCAUACAAAGUCACGAAGCAACACCCGCUUCCUGAUAAAUACCCUCCUGAAGUUCAGCUUCUCAGCUCUGAUGGUCAGACUCAUGCACAGUCCUAAAAUACUGGACUGGGUCAUCGGUGCCGGGAUCAGGUUCUGGAUCUUCCAGCUAUUAUCCAAAAGCCAUUUGUUCUAGUGUUUUAAAAUGUUUCCCUCGUGUUCUCCUGAGAUAACUUUUGUCAUGACAAUAAAACAUGGCGGUCCACGUUUGUCGGAUUACAGCUCAGUUCAGAAUAUUUGGAUUCUGAUCCAAGUCCUGGUGCCUACGCAGCAGGUCAGAAAGAUCUGAAAGA